AUGGCGCAUCCAGACUUGCCACGACUGGGCCUUCCAGUCCGCCCAAGCCCGGUCGAGCCACACGCCGUGACGGAGAAGCAUCCACUCAACAGGACCACUCGUCUCGACAACGCAGCCAAAGAGGACUUCUUCCCACCGUUACUUGAUAAAUCGCCAGACUCCGGGUUCGGGCGCGCGGCGAAACGCAGGAAGUCUGGUGUGCCGAGCUCCCUCGACCUCCCCAAACUGCCUGCUGUUCAACAUGGGGCGAAGCGACUUCGUAUCCCGCCCACUUUGUCCGGCUUGCACCAGCCGCCGCCCGAUGCUGGCCUGUUGCCGUCUAUGUCUAUCAAGCAGCCCUUGCCUGCAGGUAACAAGUCGGGCGUCGAUGGCGUGGUGGGCAGAAAGUCGACGAAGCCGCAGGAGCACCCACAAGCCCAAGCCCGGUCGAACGACACUCGCUCGUCAGACAGGCACUCACCUGCCAAGGCCAAACGCAAGCACAACAAAUGGACGGAGCUGGAAACUGCAGACCUACUGAAAGGCGUUGCAAAAUAUGGCAUUGGGAAAUGGACUCAGAUCCUGAAUCAUCCUGAUUACCAGUUCGAAGGUCGAUCGGCUCUGGACUUGAAGGAUCGGUUUCGGGUCUGCCGCCCGGACGAUUACCACCUCAGUCAAGCUCAAAGUUCUCGCACCAAAGCACUCGGGAAGCACUGGGGCAGUGGCGCUCUCCUCCCACCAAAUUCAACCCCCCUACGGCCGAAAGUUUCCGGCCGAGUAUCGACCUCGCAAUUACACGAGCUAGGCAUCGACGAGCCAUUUGAGAAGUCGACACGGCGACAACGAACCCUUUACACCGCUGCGGAAGAUCAGGCUUUGCUACGAGGUUUUCAGGAACACGGCAAUUCUUGGGCCGCGAUUCGAAAAAGCCACGAUGUGCUUAGGAAUCGGCGCACUACCGAUCUGCGAGAUCGCUUUCGCACUAGAUAUCCCGAGGAGUUCGCCAAGAUAGGACUGGCCCCGCGUCCGAAGCAUUCAACCGCAAAGGCAAGACCCGAGCGACAUGCUGAUCGGGGAGGGCAGAAUGUUGUGGGGGUCGCUAUUCAGCCACGAGAUGAGCAAGCCUCCCCUCUAGCACCAGCGAAAGGCCCAGACUCCAGCAUGGCCAUUCCCUCAGCUACCGAUACCCGGAAGUCUCAGCCCACCGCAAUCCUCCAUGUUGAUGACGUCUUCUGGGGCGCGCCCUUCGAAUUCGACAAUGCCGAUUCCGAACCCAUCACCCUCGAUCGCGGCAUUCUUGACUGGGCCUACGAUCCUCGACGAUCGGAGGCAAACACCGACGGCUCUACCUUUGGCCUUUCCCGACCUACAGCGAACAACCCUCUGUUGGCCUCCAACGCAGGAGCUCCCCCAACCUCCACUUCGUUGGCUGGGAACGCGUUGCCUUCGCUGGCGAGCAUCACCGCGGUGGCGAGUGCGAAUGGCUUCACCGAGCCCCUUGAGCUACCCUCUAUGGUCGGCUCCUUUGGUUCUCUGGAAACUGAUGGACGCGCCGGCGGGCACUUUAUGAGCAUGGACGAACUCCUGAGCUAA